UCGCGGGAUUUUUGCUAGGCGCAUGCGCUGUAUGUUGAGUUUGGCGCGCGGGACUACAAGGAAGUGUUCCGAACAGUGGCUGUUGUACCUACUCGUGAACUUUAUUAAAUUACAAGGAACCAGCAUGUGGAAUCAGGGAGGAUAUAAUGAGUCGAGUGCGGUCGGAAGCUACACUCAGUCUCCGGGGGGCUUUGCAUCUCCUUCCCUAUCCCAGGGAGGGGAGAAGAAAGGGAGAACCCGUGCCUCACAGAUAAUCCCCUGCACAGUGUCUCAGCUGAUGUCUGCCUCCCAGGCUGAUGAGGCCUUCAAAGUAGGAGAUGUGGAAGUAGCCCAGGUUACCAUUGUGGGUAUCAUCAGGAGCAUCGACAAAUCCAUGACUAACAUCCAGUAUAAGGUUGACGACAUGACUGGCGCUCCGAUGGAUGUGAAGCAGUGGGUAGACACGGAGGACCCCGGUGUGGACAGCACUGUCCUGCCUCCAGGCACAUAUGUGAAAAUCUCUGGCAAUCUGCGCUCCUUUCAGAACCACAGAUCUGUCGUGGCAUUUGGUGUCAGGCCCCUGGAGGACAUGAAUGAAAUAACCUCGCAUAUGCUGGAGGUUGUUCAAGCGCACAUGGCGCUCAGCAAACCUCAAACCAUGUCGAGUGCUGGAGGAGGAAUGAGCAGUGACGUUACGCCUAAUUCACGACUGGCCGUGGAAAGCACCGGAGGGAGCUAUGCAGGUGCUAACGACAUGGUUAACAAUGGGUUAAGCGCGAACCAGAAUCAGGUGCUGAGUUUGAUAAGAGGCUGCCAAGACCAAAAGGGCAUUAGCGUUCAAGAUCUGAAGAAGAGACUAGGUGUCACGAGUAUGCCUUUAAUAAAGCAAGCAGUGGAAUUCCUAAGCAACGAAGGUCACAUCUUUUCCACCAUCGACGAAGAUCACUACAAAUCAACAGACAACGACGAUUAGUCUUCAUGUUUUGGCACCAGUUAUUUGAGUUUAAUCUGUUUUAGAACUCAAAUCUGUCGACUAAAUCACAACUUUUCUGUCCUGAGCAACAUCCCGAGAACCUUUCUCCGUUGAGGUUCGUUGAACACAUGGUUCCGGUUCGUUCGUGGUCUUUUCGUGGACACAUCCUGUCGUCCUCAGGUUGCUUCUGCUAUGUUGCUGUUGAAGAAGACGUUAAUAGCUGUUAAUACUGUUCAGUUUUUCCCACCUCCAUUGUAAAGCUUUUUGUCAUUUUAAAUAUUUGGAACGUUGGUACUCAAUAUAUGUUUGUCUAUGUAACUUUACUUUUGCCAAAAUUAAAAGAUUAUAGAAAAUGCA